AUGAACUUCGAAGAUGAAGUCAAUGCUGACGCUGUCUCCCAGGCUGGGCUAGAGAAGCUGGGCUAUAAGCAGGAGAUGACACGGCAUGUAAUGUUCGUGGUCGUCGCUAGUCUCGAGGUCGAGUACAGAUACUGUUCACUAUCAUGGCAGUCCGUAUGUCUGAGCAGCGAUUUGCUCAAUAUCGCGACUUACCCUCCUGUAGCAUUUGGUAUUUCAUCACCUAUAGCGACGUCACUCGUUGGAGGUGGUCCAGCGGUAAUUAUAUGGGGUUGGAUCUUAGUUUCAUUCCUGACCCAAACACUCGCUCUUUCACUGGCGGAGAUAUGCUCCAAAUAUCCUACAUCAGCGGGGACAUACUAUUGGUGUUAUCGACUUGCUUCCCCCCGCACGCGACUUCUCGCCUCCUGGAUUAAUGGCUGGUUAACAGUCGUUGGUGGUUGGACCGUGGAUUUGAGUGUCAAAUUUGCAACUACUCAGCUUGUUGUUGCCGGUGCUGGAAUAUAUUACUCUGAAUGGAGCCCGACAACAUUGCAAACAUGUACUCACCUGUUCGUUGUCUCCGAGAUACUCAUAGUUUACCAGAUUAUCUGUGCUUGCUGGACUGGUGUAGGCAUCAUCACCAAGGCUGCAGCAGGCCGUCACCCUGUCUUUUUCGCGCUCGGGAACUUUGAUCCAUCAUUUUCAGGAUGGACGCCUGGCUGGUCAUUCUUCAUUGGUAUAUUGCCGCCUGGUAAGAUAUUAACGAAUGAGUACGUUUCUAACAAUGGUCUUGGCCAUAUUCAUUCGGCUGACACUCAAAAACCAGUUGCAAACAUGGCCGAAGAAGUUCAUAACCCUUCCAAAAUACUUCCGAAAGCCAUCAUCUCAUCUGUACCCAUUGGGUCAUUGACUGGCAUGGUAUUCCUUCUGCCAAUCCUUUUCACGCUCCCAGAUGUCGCCACAUUACUUCAAGUUUCUUCCGGUCAACCGAUUGGUGUCAUGUUUACAUUGAUCAUGGGCUCCAAGGCUGGUGGUUUUGGGCUGGUGAGUUUCAAUCGUAGCCUUCCGUCCGGCGCUGCGUCUCUGAUUUGGCGGGGCAUUCAGUGGUUCAUUAUAUUCGGUAUCGGUAUGUUCUGUUCAAUAUCCACAUCGUGUGCCAGUUCUCGUGCAACAUGGGCGUUCGCACGCGACAAAGCAAUCCCAUUCCAUCAGUUAUUAUCAAAGAUCAGUCCACACCUCGACGAUGUCCCCGUCAAUGCACUCCUGCUCUCCACCGUCAUCCAGAUUCUCCUUGGACUUGUCUACCUCGGUUCCUCAGCUGCAUUCAACGCUUUUGCAGGGGUCGCUGUCAUGUGUCUUGGAGCAUCCAACGCGAUGCCUGUUGCCAUCUUGUUAAUGAACGCCCGGCGAGACAUGCAUGAUGCCCCAUUCAACCUUGGCAGGUUCGGUACCGUGAUCAAUGCAGUCGCAGUAUUAUGGAUCAUGUUUGUCACCGUUCUGUUCUCAAUGCCUGCUGUCAUCCCAGUAACGAGGUGGUCGAUGAAUUAUGCUUCGGCAGUAUUUGGAGGGUUUGGGGUGAUUAGUGCAGUGUGGUAUAUGAUCAGCGGCCAGUUUUACUAUAGAGGACCUCCAAUCCAGGAAGAGCCAACAAGUUCCUCCGGAUCAUCGGAUUCUGCUUCGCUCUGA